AUGGCGUUGCCUAAGAGCAUACGCUACUUGGCUGGAGCCACCUUCUGCAUAUUCGUAUACUUGUUUGUGCAGAUCCUCAAAGCGCCUGGUUCCGAAAGCGAGCUGCGGCUUCCGAGCAAAGCGCCAGCGACGAAACUCGAUAAUUGGGAUCAUGACCCGCAGUCUGAUGGUAUGACAACCCCGUCUGGAGAACCUCCCGAACCCUUGCGCCGAGUCGAUGGCAACAACUACGCACCCAACAAUCCCGAGAGCGCCCGCAUAAACGCUACAAUUCUCAGCCUAGUACGGAACGAAGAGGUCGAUGAUCUGCUACAGAGCAUGCGCGAUCUGGAGCGGACAUGGAAUCACAAGUUUAACUACCCGUGGACCUUCUUCAACGACAAGCCCUUCACAGAGGAGUUUAAGACGAAGACGAGGGCGGCUACCAAUGCGGAGGUACGAUACGAGCUCGUUCCCGCCGAACACUGGGACAUACCGGCGUGGAUAAACAUGGACCUCUACAACGAGUCUGUCUCGCUUCUCGAGAAGCAAGUGCAGUACAUGGGGAAGCAGUCCUAUCACCAAAUGUGCCGGUGGAACAGCGGCAUGUUCAGCGAGCACCCUGCGCUCAAGGACAUUCAGUACUACUGGCGCGUCGAACCAAAUGUCCAUUUCUUCUGCGAUAUCGACUACGAUGUUUUCGCGUGGAUGCAGGACCAUAACAAGACAUACGGAUUCAACAUCAACAUCUACGACGACCCAAAGAGCGUUGCAACCCUGUGGCCGGAGACGAAGAAGUUCAUCGAGGAUAAUCCGGGCUACGUACACCCCAACAAUGCGCGGGAAUGGCUCGAGGACGACAGGCGCCGUCCAGAGAAUACUCAAAGCGCCCAUGGCUACUCGACAUGCCAUUUCUGGUCCAACUUUGAAAUCGGCGACCUGAGCUUCUGGCGGAGUAAAAAGUACCGCGAUUUCUUCAAUCAUCUUGACCGCGCGGGCGGCUUCUUCUAUGAGCGUUGGGGCGACGCGCCUGUCCACAGUGUUGCAUUGGGUCUAUUCGAGGAUAAGAGCAAGAUACACUGGUUCAGGGAUAUCGGGUAUCAACACAUUCCGUUCUUCAACUGUCCGAACAAUCCGAAGUGCUCGGGUUGCGUGGCAGGGAGGUUUACAGAUGGGGCGAACUGGCUAAAACGGGAAGAUUGCCGGCCACUGUGGUUCAAGUAUGUUGGCAUGGAUUAGGCCUCGUCACUCUCUUCGGUGCAAACACGUUUUUACCCCAUUGUAUCAUAUUCGGGGCGCUUCUAAUUCUUUCUGUAUCUACUACCAGACAUCUCCCAUCAGGGGCAGCAUGUUGAUGCAUAAUGGAAGCCGGAAUUCCAUGGUGUUCUCGGCGCUUUGUACCUACGCUCUAGUACGUUUAGAAGAGUUAGUACUAUAUAUACCUCUGUAGAAUUGAAACCUCGAG